CAUAACUGUAUUUGUGUCUGUGAAGUGAAGAGAGAGAACAGAUGGUCUGAUGAACUGUCACCUUAUAUAGGAAGAGCAAAAACCACAACCCCAUCCACAGUAGAAAGGGGAAUUACUGAAUGGGCAUGGGCUCCAGAAAUUACCUGAGAAACCUGUUCGUGGAAAAUUCCAGCUCAAAGGAGCCGCCGGGCCAAAGAGAUAAUUUUAUUUUUUGCUAUUUUUGUAUUCAAGUUGUAUGCUAUUCAAUCCCAAAGGUCAAAACACAGUCUCACGGGAAUUCGUGGCAUAGUCACAAUUUUUAAUCUCAUGUAUUUUAACACAAAGUAUCAAUAGAUCUAAAUUUCGUGCCCAUGUCACGAACUGCCGUGAGACCGCCCUGUGAAGAGAUGAUGCCAGAAAUACUGCUGCUAUUCUGGUUUUGAAGCACACAAAAUUGUGUUCAAGCAGUAUUGUGAAAAGCACUAUUUAAUUUAAUCUGUUGUUUUACAACAACUGUGACCGAAAAUACAUAUUUUCAAAGAAAACUUUGGUCUUAUCCAAAUGUGAUCUGCUUGCAUAGACAUUAUGGUUUUGACAUGUAUCCAGUGUAGUGUUAAGAUGUUGGUGUUGUCGUGAAAAAAAAUGUCAAGCUCAAAGUUCUAAACAUUCCACCAACCCACAGCAGCAAAUAGCGCUAUAAAAGGAUGUCAAGGGUAAAGAGCCAUGGUCAAACCAAAUCUGCAUCUUGUAGAGCCAUCUAACAAAGCAAACUGGUGACAAAAACACAAAACACGCUUGAAAUGGAAUCUUUACCAUGCCUUUUCAAGCCCACUCUGUACUGUAAAGUAAUAAAGAUACAGUAUCAGAGGUUCAAACUAUAGCACAACUGAUGCAUAGUUUGAGAAAACAGGAAGCACUAUAAAAAAAUUGUUAGAAAUGCUCUACAUUUGCUUGAGCGAUCAUCAGGUCAAAGAUGAGCACACACACUUACGCUCAACAACAUUAACACACACCAGCACAGCACAGUGUCAGGGGUCCCGUUAUGGAAUACAUUUGUUUGAUCAGAUAAUAAUGGUUCUACUUACAAAUGAAACAAAGUGAUAAUCUGGUCAGUUAUAAAAAUCAUAUCACGCACCAAACACAUUGGAAAAACAUCCUUUCUGGUUUUGAUAUCAGUUUGAGAAAUCUUGAGAAACAAGAGCAGUGACACUUAUUGUAUGGGUUAAUGCUCUAAAUCUGAAGAUACUAAACACCAUGGCAGACAAUGUUCUUGCAACUCCGUGUCGUGAUGGACUUUAAACAAGAACUGUCAUUUUUUAUAGCGACUGUCGUUUUUAUAGCAACACUUUAUCUGUCCACAUCAUUAAAAGUAUUACAACCCUAAAUUAUACAUUAACUUAAUUUCUGUGAACACAUCAUAUGAUGUGAACUUAAGCCCUGACACAAGCCUGUGGCCUUACUGUAUCUGUACACACAGACAGAGAUAGAUUGUAUACGUGCACCUGUGGAUAUUAAAGAGUAUAAAGAGGAGAAAGUUAGCAUAUGACCAUUAUUUAAAGGACUAUUUCACAUUACAGGAGAAAAGGUGAUGAUGACGAUGAAAUUGAUCAAGACUGUGUGUUUGGUUCUGUGGGCUUUGACAGUCCACUCCACUGCAAAUGAACUGAAGGAGCGUGCGCUUAGACUGAUGGCUGAAGCCCCACUAAUAGAUGGACACAAUGACCUGCCCUGGCAGCUGAGGAACACGUUUAAUAAUCAACUCAACGCAGUGGACCUGUACAUGCUCAACUCCACUCACACCAACAUCCCGAAAAUUAAAGAAGGACGCCUCUCAGCACAGUUUUGGGCCGCUUAUGUACCAUGUGACACGCAAUAUAACGAUGCAGUCAGACAGACCCUGGAACAGAUUGAUGUGAUCCACAGGAUGUGCCAGAAAUAUCCAGAUGUUUUCACAUUUGCUACCAGCAGUCAAGAUAUAGAGGAUACUUUUGCCCAGAAUAAGACAGCUUGUUUGAUUGGCGUUGAGGGCGGGCACUCAAUUGACAGCAGUCUGGCCACACUGCGCACCAUGUACCAGCUGGGCGUUCGAUACCUCACGCUUACACAUAGCUGCAACACACCCUGGGUGGACAACUGGCUGGUGGAUACAGGAUCCGAGCCUGCAGUGCAUAAUGGUUUGUCUGAUUUUGGCAAGCAAGUGAUCUUGGAAAUGAAUCGCAUUGGAAUGUUGGUUGAUCUGGCUCACGUGUCCGUGAAGGUGAUGAAGCAGGUUCUGGAGAUCUCCAAAGCCCCGGUUAUCUUCAGCCACUCCUCUGCCUACAGCAUCUGUCCUCACAAGAGAAACGUUCCUGAUGACGUUCUUCUGGAAGUGAAAAACAAGAAUGGCAUUGUCAUGAUCAAUUUUUAUAAUGAUUACGUCACCUGCCAAAGAACAGCUAACAUCUCUCACGUAGCUGAUCACUUUGACCAUAUCAAGAAAGUGGCCGGCUCUAGUAUCAUUGGAUUUGGAGGAGAUUAUGAUGGCGUGCCAAGAGUACCAGUUGGUCUGGAGGACGUGUCAAAGUAUCCUGACCUGGUGGCUGAACUUCUGAGGCGUGGCUGGACAGAUGAGGACAUCACAAAAGCUCUGGGGAGGAACCUGUUGAGGGUGUUCAAAGAGGUUGAGAGGGUCAGAGACAGCCUGAAGGAUCUUAAACCAGAUGAUAUACCCAUUCCUCUUAAGGAGGUCCAAAACCCCUGCAGGACGGAUUACGGUUAUCCAGAUAAAACUAAUUCAGCAUGUACACACUCUUUAUAUCCACUGGUAUUAGUUCUGACACUGCUAAACAAGUUAUUAUAA